GACAGCACAGAGAGAAGCGUGACAGAGAGCUUGACAGGCAGCAAAUCCGCAGCAACGCUAGAUCCUCUCUGCAGUCACUUAAGCGGCAGUCACAUGAGCUCAGUGUCCAUGAGCCUGGAGGCGCGCUGUCUGUCCCCCUAUGCAGCCUGGUACAUGGAGCCCACCAACUUCUACGAGCAGCGGUUGAGCGGCUCCCCCGCCCUGUGCAAGCCGAGAGGUCUGUGUGAGGAGCCCGAGACUGUUGUGGGCACUGGCGGGACCCUGGCGGAACUGAGCGCUGCCCCGGCCAUGUAUGAUGACGAGAGCGCCAUAGACUUCAGCUCGUACAUCGACUCCAUGGCCUCUGUCCCCAACCUGGAGCUGUGCAACGACGAGCUCUUCGCCGACCUCUUCAACUCCAGCAAAGCGGCGGGGGAGCGGCAGGAGGGAGACUACCUGAUGAGCGGACUCCUAGCGGCACCUCACUGUCCUCCUGGCCCGGCCAAAGUGCAGCUCAAGCGAGAGCCCGAAUGGAGCGACAGGUCCUCCUCUCUGCCCAAUCAAAUCGCAGCGUGUGCCCAGACCAGCAUGAGCCUGCAGCCCACCCCUCCCACCUCCCCAGAGCCCAGCACCUCCGCCUGUCCCUCCCCGGCCGAUUCCUCCGCUUCCUGCGGCAAAGACAGGACGGGCAAGAAGUGCCUGGAUCGCUACAGCCCCGAGUACAGGCAGCGCCGGGAGCGCAACAACAUCGCCGUGAGGAAGAGCCGCGACAAAGCCAAGAGGCGCAACACUGACAUGCAACAGAAAAUGCUCGAACUCUCCUCGGAGAACGAGAAACUGCACAAAAAGAUAGAACUUCUCACCAGGGACUUGAGCAGCCUCCGGCACUACUUCAAACAGUUGCCCCCCUCCACCACCAGCUCCUUCCUGCCCAGUCUGACGGGAAUCGACUGCCGGUAACCACGCCCCCUGCCCGGGACUUUAUAACAUCCUAUACCUCAUUCCACACGUGGCCCUCCAGUCACAUGGGAUCAGCUGGAGAGUCUCCCACAGCAUCCUGGGACACUCGCUCCGCCCCCUCUUACAGACUGAGCCAAAGACUUGUGUUUCAUAGAAAUCUAUAUCAUAUAUAAACUGUUUAGUGCAAUAAGAAGACAAACACGAGGUAUUGCCAGUGGCUAGUGCCCUGUGGGAAAAGGGAAGAGACGCGGGCCUCAUCUUAACCCCUUUAGUGCCAGAGUUUGUGCAUCUCGGCCAUGGCAGGUGUAGGGAGGAGUUUGUGCUCUCUGGGCUUCACCCCUGUGUAUAAUUAAUACAUAAUUCACUCUUCACCUGCCGCUGGCCUGUGUUGCACCUCCUGCUCCAGCAUUUAAGGUGUUGAAUAAGGGCUGGCCAUGCUGGGGCCCUCUGGCUUCUGAGCAGCAGCUCUGUGCCCUCACUGGUGCAUUGUGGGGGUUGUAGUUCAGCAGCCAGAGUGCUAGCAUUGGAUUAUGAAGUGUUCACAACUGGGCUUGAAUCAGUCACUCAGGACAAGGGCUGCCCAUGUGUUGCAUUUGUAAUCAUUCUAACAUGCUGGAUACACCCUUACUGCUUCAUUCAUCUCUUUCUCUGCAGUAAGGGCCAACUCAAAGGUACAAAAGCUGCAGCAUUAAUCAGCAUAGCAAUAAGACACUAGUGAGUGCAGCAGUAGUGCAAGAAGCUUGUAGUACCUCAGCCGUGUGCAACUGCAACUCCCACAAUGCUCAUGGGAAGUGACUGAGGGACUACAAGCUGAUCUGUCGAAGGGCUUUGCAUUUCUUGUUAUCCGCUUACAUGCUGGCUACCAGUCUUGUUCAUUGCUUGACUAGCUGUCAUUAGCCCCUGGGAUAAGGACUGGGCCAGAAGCAUUGGAAGUGCAGUUGUGAAUGGGAUAACUGCAAGUACUGUAUGAGUGAGGGCAGUGCCAGUGUGUGGGUCUGUGCUGGCUGCACUUUCUAUUGUUCUACUUACCAAGGGCAGCUGAACAUGUACAACAGAGAUAUAUAUAUAUAUGUGUGUAUUUUCUCUCCACUAAAGUAUAAACAAAGCUAAAACAUUUCCCCUUUAUCCCCCCGACUUCCUUAAAUUAUUUUUGUAAUGUAGUUUUUUCUGUAUUCUUACUGACGCAGCUAUGGUACAUUUGUAUAAUGAUUUCCCAGAGACGAGCCUUUGUAUUGUAGAUAAUAGGGACAGAGAAAUGAGCAUGCUCAGUUUUUUUUUUUUAUAUGAUCAUUUUUACAGCAUUUUUAAUAUGAAUAAUAAAAAAAAAAAAAAAA